UCGUUCCCGUGCGCCGCGCGCUCGCCCCCUAGCGGCCGCUCAGGGCAACGGCGCCCAUCUCCGCAGUCACUCCGUCGCCGCCGAUAAUACAAUCAACAUGGCGGAGAACGAAACCUUGGAGUAUAUCACGGAGCACGAACGCAUCUUGCAGGAAAUCGAAAGCACAGACACUGCCUGCGUCGGCCCCACGCUUCGAUCUGUGUACGAUGACCAGCCUAAUGCACACAAGAGGUUUAUGGAGAAACUCGAUGCUCGCAUACGGAACCACGACCGAGAGAUCGAGAAAAUGUGCAACUUCCACCACCAGGGGUUUGUCGACGCCAUCACAGAGCUGCUGAAGGUCAGGGCGGAUGCCGAGAAGCUGAUGGGCCAAGUGACCGACACCAAUCGGCGACUUCAAGAUGCUGGAAAAGAGGUGACGUCCCAAACGGAGGAGGUCAUCCGCUGCAGGGUUCAGCAGAGGAACAUGGUCACCACCGUGGAGAAGCUGCAGCUGUGCAUGCCUGUUCUUGAAAUGUACAGUAAAUUGAAGGAGCAGCUGGAGUCUAAAAGGUACUACGCCGCCCUGAAGACGAUGGAGCAGCUUGAAAACAUUUACAUUCCGCGAGUUGGCCAGUACCGCUUCUGUGAAAUCAUGGCAGAGAACCUUCCCAAGCUCCGAGAGGAAAUUAAGGAGAUUUCCAUGUCUGACCUGAAAGACUUCCUGGAGAGCAUCAGGAAACACUCGGAUAAGAUUGGCGAGACGGCCAUGAAACAGGCCCAGCAGCACCGCACCUUCAACAGCGCCCUGCAGAAGCAGGCCAGCGCAUGCUUCGCCAAGCCACUGUACGCGCUCAACGGCAGGACGGUGAUCCGGCCCGGCGUACCCGGCUCCGAGGAGCGGGCCGACGAAGAGGAAGACACCGACGACGAGGUUUUAACAGCUCCCGACCUAGUGGAUUUCUCACCCGUUUACCGCUGUCUUCACAUCUACUCCGUCUUGGGUGACAGAGAAACAUUUGAAAACUACUACAGGAAACAAAGGAAGAAACAGGCAAGACUGGUGCUUCAGCCACAGUCCAACAUGCACGAGACCGUGGAAGGCUACACGAAGUACUUCAAUCAGAUCGUUGGGUUUUUCGUGGUGGAGGAUCACAUCCUGCACGCCACACAGGGGCUGGUGAGCCGGGCUUUUACGGACGAGCUGUGGAACAUGGCCCUGUCCAAGAUCAUCGCCGUGUUGCGCACCCAUUCUUCCUACUGCAGUGACCCUGACCUCGUCUUGGAGCUGAAGAACCUCAUAGUCAUAUUUGCGGACACUUUGCAGGGCUAUGGGUUUCCCGUGAACAGGCUCUUCGAUCUGCUGUUUGAAAUAAGGGAUCAGUACAACGAAACGUUGCUGAAGAAAUGGGCCUUGGUGUUCAGGGAUAUAUUUGAGCAGGACAACUACAGCCCCAUCCCAGUGGAAAAUGAAGAAGAAUACAAGUCUGUCGUCUGUAGGUUUCCCUUCCAAGAUGCAGAGUUUGAAAAGCAACCGUUUCCAAAGAAGCUUCCCAUGUCCCAGUCAGUGCCUCAGAUCUAUACUCAGGUGAAGGAAUUCAUCUACGCCAGCCUUAAGUUCUCAGAGUCUCUCCAUCGCAGCUCGACUGAAAUUGAUGACAUGCUCCGGAAGUCCACCAACCUCCUCCUGACACGAACUCUGAGCAGUGGCCUGCAGAGUCUUAUCCGGAAGCCCCACAUAGGGCUCACCGAGCUAGUUCAGAUCAUCAUAAACACCACCCACCUGGAACAAGCAUGCAAGUACCUGGAAGACUUUAUCACAAACAUCACUAACGUCUCCCCAGAAACCGUCCACACCACAAGACUUUAUGGGCUUUCAACGUUUAAGGAUGCCAGGCAUUCGGCAGAGGGCGAGAUCUACACCAAACUCAACCAAAAGAUAGACGAGUUCAUCCAGCUGGCCGACUACGAGUGGAGCAUGGCGGAGUCUGACGGCCGAGCCAGUGGAUACCUCAUGGACCUUAUCAACUUCCUCCGCAGCACCUUCCAAGUUUUCACCCACCUGCCGAAUAACAACAAUGAUCAUGCCGCGAUGUCGGGUAAGGUGGCGCAGACAGCCUGCAUGUCAGCCUGCAAGCACCUGUCCACCUCCAUGAUGCAGAUGCUGCUGGACAGCGAGCUGAAGCAGAUCAGCAUGGGCGCCAUCCAGCAGUUCAACCUGGACGUCAUACAGUGCGAGCUGUUUGCCAGCUCAGAACCAGUGCCGGGAUUCCAAGGAGACACACUGCAGCUGGCGUUUAUUGACCUCCGACAGCUUCUGGACUUGUUCAUGGUGUGGGAUUGGUCCACCUAUCUAGCGGACUACGGACAGCCAACCUCGAAGUAUCUGCGCGUCAAUCCCUCUACUGCACUUGCACUUCUGGAGAAAAUGAAGGACACAAGCAAAAAGAACAACAUCUUCUCCCAGUUCAGAAAGAACGACCGUGACAAGCAGAAGCUGAUAGAGACGGUGGUGAAGCAGCUGAGAAGCCUGGUGAAUGGAAUGUCCCAGCAUCCCUAGAGGCAGAUUCCUUCAGACCAGACUGGAUCGACACCGCGUGUGAACAGGGCAAAAAACGAGAACAGUUUCACGGACCCUUACACAUAUGAGCAGUGAUUUUUUUUUUUUUUUUUUUUAAUGUAUUUUUAAUGGCUGAUAACUACGUUUUGUAUAUCGUGAAUGUGCUAUGAUUGUAACACCGCAAGCGGCUGGUGUUCUGGGUCAGUGAGAAUGUACCGCCCAGAGACCUGUGACUGGACCAUGAAGUCCCAAAGCGGGGCUGAUCUUCAAAGGUAUCUGCAAAAUGCUCUAUAAUGCAAUAUACUGUAAAUACAUUUACGAGUGUGCAGCGCUCCCCUUAGACUGGAUGGAAACAGGAUGACGACUGAAUGGUCAACAUUUUCAACAAGGGACCUUGCAUAAUGCUGGUGAUUUAUUAUUUAAAAUGGAGAGACCUUCUUGUAUACCCAUACCCUUAUGCAUACUUUUCCUUUCAUCGAAGGAAACGUGUACGUGCUUUUUAAGAAGUGGAAUUAAAGGUUUUAAGUAAUUCUGAGGUAAUUACUUGCACCCAAAACACUACUUUGAUUUAUACUUUGUUUUGUCUCAGGGUGAACUGUCAGCUCUUAGGUUCAGAUGCUUUAGAGUGCUGUGCUAAAGUAUAAAAACAAGCAAUAAUUGGUUCAUUUCAGUCUCAUACACAGACCUGCUAACGGUGUGAGGAUGUAACAUUUCUUAAUUGGGCUCUAAGUCUUUCUCGGUCCGUACUACUAUAAUAGGCAUUUUGCACUGAAGAUUGUUUGCAUUUUUCUUUUUACAGAUGAUAAUGUAUUGGGAAAUGUACAGACAGCACAUUUGUUUUUAAAAAUGUAAUGCAAUAGAACUCAUGUUUACUCUGUUGCUUAAAAAAUAUAUAUAUAUAUAUAUAUAUAUAUAUAAUAUGGGAAGUUUUCUUGACCCCCGAAAGUACCUGCAUUUCAGUUUAUCGAUAACUAAGUUGUUUGAUGAAGGGAAAACUAAAUUGUCCUUUCAACAUAAUUACUUGAUGCCUUUGUGCAUGGAAGGAACACGUGAGCCUGUUUGAUGUAACAAUGUAAUAUAGGGAACCUGAAGAAAGACCUGCAGCAAACUUCGCCCUGGUAGUUUCCUAUGGCAGCCUGUCACAGUUCUCUGAAACUCACUGUAGCCGACCUGUUACUCAUACCCUUUUACUUAAGUGUUCCCUUCAACCCUCCUAUGCGCAGUUAUAAUAUGGUGACUGUGAUAAUCAUUUCAAGCCCUGAGAGGACGAGCGUAAGCACGCGCUAACGACCUUCCGCGUGCUCCCUUGAGUCGGCUCGCCGCAGCUUUCCUACUGUACAUCGCUUUCUUAUUUGAGUGUUUGCAAUAAAUACAUAGCUCUUUUGCUUUACGUAGAUGUUAUUUAAAUGUAAGAAAUGAAAUUCAAUGUAAAUAAAAAUUGAUGCUGAUUAUA